UCAUUCUGCUCUCUUUCCAGAUGCUAUGCUGCAGUGCACUCUGUAGCAGAGGAAGGCUCAUCUGGACAUCCUGAAUGAGGUGGGGUCCAGCUCCCAUUGCCCCCAUCCUUGCACCCUGACCUGUGGCACUUUACAGCCCCACUCCUGCUGCUGCAUGGGCUACUCUGACUCCAGCUCUGCUCGGAGUCCAGGCAAGUAAGGCUCCAUGCGGCACAUCCACACAGAGACGUCUCUGCCCCCAAGCACGGACCCCAGCUUGUCCCAGCCCAGUGGAGAGGCGCCCUUGGAGCCUUCCUCACAGCGCUGCACCCACCACAACAUCCUUAUGGGCUACAAUGAGACAGAAAUCAAGCUCCAGAAGGUUUACCAGGUCUCCAUCUUCUCCCAUCUCUCCAGCUCCUCUGAGAGCACAGAGCAGCAGGCAAGCAGCCGGUCGUCCAUCAAGAGGGGUUACCCUGAGCAGCGAACUCCAGAAGGGCUGCGAGAUCCCAAACGAACUCACUGGGGUGGUGUGGGGGUGGAUGGCAAGGAUGAUGGGGGCCCUGGCCAGGCUUCCCUGGAAGAUGAUGAUACCUUUGAGGAUGGUCUGCUAGUGGAGGAGCUAUCCCUGUGUGGCUCUGCCCAGCACUUCUCCCACAGUGGGUUGCGAGUGGUGGAGCACCGGUGUGAGGGCAGCCCUAGCCACAGCCCCAAGACCAGCAGAGAGAACAAGUUGCAGGAUGCUGCUGCUGCCACUGCCUCCUCUUCCUCCUCCUCCUUUUCCUGGCCCCAGCACACUGCUUGCAAUACUUUGCACACGAGAGACAGUUGCCACGUCUCAUCAGAGGAUCAGCCCACAGGCUAUGGGGAUAAUGGUGAGCAGGCAAGUGGCUGCAACUUGCCUCACCAUGGUUUGCACAAUAUUGCACAAACAGCCUGUCUGGACUCUGGUGGGAAGACAGAGAAGCCAGGGAGCAGCCUAGCUCAUGGCAGUGGUGCCAAUAGAGAAGAGGAAUGGCCAGUGACAGCCAAUGGGUGCAAGGAGCCCCCAGCUCCGCAGACAGCACUCAGCCCUGAGCCCAGCAAUCUGAGCUCCCUGGAGAAGACACCCUGUGGGAGCAGCCAGCUCAGUGGGAGUAGCUGCCCAGUCAAAAGGAAGCUGCUGCCCACUACUGAGGUUGUGGCCGACUCCUGUUCUGAAGACGAGAGCCUGUCCCAGCCGGUAAGGAAGAAGAGAGCCCUGCUGUGCCAUACAGUGCCAACAGCCUGCCGCAGCACUGAUGCCAAGGGGGCCCCUUUCUGGAAUCACCUGCUUCCCAAGGCCAAGAUCUCUUCGAGUUGCAGUGUGGUUGGGAGGAGGCUGAAGAGCGGGCUGCGCCUCAAAUUGCGACACCUCCAGAGCCGCUUCCAGAGGGACACCAGGUCCUCCACAGUGCCCUGGGCCACCACCACUGUCAGCCAUGCUCUGCUGGGCAAUUUUGAGGAGUCAUUCCUGAAAGGGCGCUUUGCCCCGUCGGGGAGGAUCGAGGGGUUCACAGCAGAGAUCGGUGCCAGCGGCUCCUACUGCCCCCAGCACGUCACUCUGCCUGUGGACGUCACCUACUUUGACAUCUCUGAACACAGCAUGCCCUCGCCUUUCCUGGGAGUGAUUGACUUGGAAGCCUUGGGAAAGAAGGGUUAUAGUGUCCCCAAAGCUGGAACCAUCCAAGUGACCUUAUUUAACCCAAACAAGACUGUGGUGAAGAUGUUUUUGGUGACGUAUGAUUUCCGGGACAUGCCAGCCAACCACAUGACAUUCCUGCGCCAUCGCAUCUUCCUGGUGCCCGUUGGGGAGAAGGAAGGAGCCCCUGUGGCUCCCAGCAACCCAGCAGGCACUGACCUGCCCCGCAGGGUCCUCUGCUACCUGAUGCACCUAAGGUUUCACAGUUCCAAGUCGGGGAAGAUCUACCUUCAUGACGACAUCCGGCUGCUCUUCUCCCGCAAGUCAAUUGAGGUCGACUCGGGGAUCCCCUAUGAACUGAAAUCCUUCACAGAGAUGCCAAGGAACCCUUGCUACUCUCCCCGGGCCUGACCUUCCUCAUCUCCCAGGGCCACUGGGGAACCUCCAGCACAGCACUUUGGGAAGAGAUGAGUAAAGAGCCAGCAAGCAAGCACUGACUUGAAUAUUGCUCUCCCUGUGCACCUUUGCCCUCCACAGCAGUAUGGACACCUUGUCCAUGGCUUGCUGUAGGGCUAGGAGCACCAAGGGGGCUUCAUCAGGGAGGGGCAGAGUCUAGGGAGCAGUCCUGGCACUCCAGGGACAUGCCCAAGCCUUCUGCAAGUGCUGCUCCCAGCUUGGAGACUUGGCUGUAGCCAAGGUGGGGAUUGAAGAGUUGGGUCAGGGGCUCCAAGUGAGGCUGCCCACACUGGUCUGCUCCAGGAACACAAAGUGUAAAAGAGUCUGUAUUUAUUAGUAUUUAUUGUUGCUGGGAGUGCAGAGGAUUGGAGGUGCUGUGCUGUUCUUCUCCCACCCCUGCCAGUGCUGGAUGAAGCCUCUGGCAGUACAGGGCCACCCUGGUUGGGGCAGGGCUGGGGGGACUGUGUGGGGGGACACAUUGGCCUGUGGAAGAGAAGAUGGCCCACUUCUCAGCCAGAGUAACUCAAAUCUUGGCUAGGGUGCAGCUCCCAAAGGCCCUGGGAGAGACACCUCUAAGAGAAGACAAACACAAAGGAGUUUGUCACUGGCAGGGAAGUGACUAUUGCCAUCGAUCCAGGGGCUGAGAGAGACAGUAGUAAGAUGGUGGGGAU